GCCGAGGAGCCUGGCACUCGUAGUAUCAGGAGGGUCUUGGGACAUGAGGCGGUGCGGGAGACAAUUCCUGAAAGAACUGGGGACCGUUGUCGGGCGGGGUUGUUCGGGCAUUCGGGUGGGCGACCCGCGUAGGCGUGUGAAAGGCCCGCUUCGAUAAGAGGGUAGGAGCGGCAUCUCUGGUUAAAGGGUCGGGCAAAGUGCAAAGGGUACAGUCCAGGUUGGACAGCACCUCAUCUAGCCAUGGCGGCGUCUGGGGAGCCCCGGAGGCAGUGUCAGGAGGAGGUGGCGGCGGUGGUAGUGGUGGGCUCCUGCAUGACCGACCUGGUCAGUCUGACUUCUCGUUUGCCAAAAACUGGAGAAACCAUCCAUGGACACAAGUUUUUUAUUGGCUUUGGAGGGAAAGGUGCCAACCAGUGUGUCCAAGCUGCUAAGCUCGGAGCAAAGACAUCCAUGGUGUGCAAGGUUGGCAAGGAUUCUUUUGGCAAUGAUUAUAUAGAAAACUUUAAACAGAAUGGUAUUUCUACAGAAUUUACAUAUCAGACUAAAGAUGCUGCUACAGGAGCUGCUUCUAUAAUUGUCAAUGAUGAAGGCCAGAAUAUCAUCGUCAUAGUGGCAGGAGCAAAUUUACUUCUGAAUACUGAAGACCUGAAGGAAGCAGCCAGUGUCAUUAGCCAAGCCAAAGUCAUGAUCUGCCAGCUAGAAAUAACUCCAGCAACUUCUUUGGAAGCUCUGACAAUGGCCCGUAGCAAUGGAGUGAAAACAUUGUUCAAUCCAGCUCCUGCCAUUGCUGACCUGGAUCCGCAGUUCUACAGCCUCUCGGACGUGUUCUGUUGCAAUGAAAGCGAGGCUGAGACUUUAACAGGCCUCACGGUGGACAACCCAGAGGAGGCUGGGAAGGCUGCAACGGUAUUCCUGGCAAGGGGCUGCAAGGUCGUAAUCAUCACCCUGGGGGACAAAGGAUGUGUGUUGCUGUCCCAGACAGAACCUGUCCCAAAGCACAUUCCUACAGAAAAGGUCAAGGCUGUGGAUACCACGGGUGCUGGUGACAGCUUUGUGGGAGCUCUGGCCUUUUACAUGGCUUAUUACCCAAAUUUGUCCUUGGAAGAAAUGCUCAGGAGAUCCAAUUUCAUCGCAGCAAUCAGUGUCCAAGCUGCAGGAACACAGUCAUCUUAUCCAUACAAAAAAGACCUUCCUCCUACUCUGUUUUGAUUACUGUUAUCCCUCAAGUAAAGAUACCUGGAAAUAAAAUGUACCUGAGGUGACCAUUCCUAGCUAACACUUACUAGAAAAUGUCCUCUCUCUUCUUUGUAAAUAUUAUGUUCAUUUAGGAAUCACAUUCAAGUUUUCAUUUACUUAUUUAUAAGGAUGAUCCUUUGCUUUUCAUACAUUCACAAGAACCAACUAUAAUUAGAUUCCACAAUCAGGAUCUGUGUAAAACUUAUCGCUACUCAGGACCAGCAUAUUCUAUUGCCUGUAGAUUGAUAAUUUUAUGUGGCACCAUACAGCAAUGGUGGUGGAUACCAGCCUCUAGAGCCAGAGAACAGAAUGUUCAAUAAGGAGAAAAGGAAUAAGGAUUCAAUCUCCCAAGUACUUAAAAGAGGUGGCCGAUACUCAUUCUUUAGCUCAAGUAUUAUCAAACUUCUGGUUUUCUACAUAAACCAAGUUUCCAUAUUUAUUGAUAUUGUUUAUAUAUCAGCAACUUUUUUUUUUUUAAUGUAAACACCCUGUGGGCCUCCUUCAGCUUAAGGGCUGAAUACAUAUUUGUUAGGUCAGAUGUUAAGGCUUUUUGUUUUUUAAAGCAAUUCAUGCAGGACACAAAUCCUUCACAUGGCUUAGUUAGGAUCAUGUAAGAUUUCUCUUGUAACCCAAGACUUUAUUGUGUACAGUUUCCAUCUAAAUAUAACUGAGAUCUCACCUGUUACUGCUUUGAACCACAGCUUUAACAAAAGAUGCCAUAAAAUAGCUGAUUGACUAUAAUGCCACAAGCCCUUAAGACUCAACAACUGUUCACAUCCAAUUCCAUUUCCAGAGAGCUGUGCCUGCUUUUCCUCUAGAGACAGAUUGGGCCAUAGGGAGGGAACACCUGCUACUUUGGAACAGCACUGCUUCUCAAUGCUGUGGCCAGGGCAGGCACUCAUCUUUCUCCCAUACAAGUGCUUAAGAUAGGACAGGAUAUGAACCAUCAAAGUUCAAAGAGAAGGAGGGGACAAAAAAAAUAAUAAUAAUCCUUUCAGCCAGAAUUUUGAGAAAUAAAGGAGAAAACUGGAGUGUUUUGAAAAUAUGAGGGUAACAGUAAGAAAAUAUAUUGAUCUGGGCCAAGAGGAUUACCAAGUUUGAGGCCAGUCAGGACAACCUGGUGAGACCCUGUCCCAAAAUAAAAUUUUAAGAUCUGGAAUGGCCAGGUAUGGUGGUGCAUAGCUAUUUUCCCAGUGACUCAAGAGGCUGAGACAGGAGAAUCACAAGUUCAUGGCCAUUAUUAGCAAUUUAGCAAGACCUUGUUUCAAAAUAAAUAGGACCGGGAAUUUAGCUUAGUGGUAACUGGGAAUUUAGCUUAGUGGUAAAGUGUCCGUGAGUACAAUCCCCAGUCCAAAAAUAAAGGGGGAGGUUAGGGUUGGGGAACAUAGCUCAAGAGGUAGAGCAAUUGCCUAAAUACACACUGUGCCCUGGGUUCAAUCCCCAGUAUCACCAAAAAAAAAAAAAAA